GUCAUUCAUCCGCAAUUACAAAAUAAUCAGCAAUUAUUAAGAGAUAAAUACUUUAUAUUAGUUUAUCAUUAGAGUUUAUUUGAGAAAAUAUUAUUCAUCUCUUAAUUCAUAGUCCAUUUUAUCAUCACUUCCAAUCAACGAGAAUGGAAUCAGCUAUUAUGAAUAUUCUAGACAACACCAGUGGCUAUAAUAUUAAUCAGUUAUUAAGACGUUUGAUAUUCAAUUACCCAGAUUUAGGUUUAACAUUCAACGAUCUGGAUAAAGUAUCGAGCAAAUUAAUUGAAUUAGGUAUUGACUUACCGACGACGAGCUAUAUAAACAAUAAGGAUACACUCUACGACUCUUAUACGAGAUCGGUUGUACCAGAAGACGAUUACGUCAAAAUUUGCUCAAAUACAACCAGAACCGAGUGUACAGAAGAUUGCCAGAAGGUUCACUUUCAACCAAUUAUAAGACCAUACAGUGAUCACGCACUCGGUCAUUGCUCUUAUCUAAACACAUGCUAUCCAUUUUACAACAAUGCUCCGCCGACACUCAGCAAUGCUUUCCAACCUGCAAAGCUGAAUAGUCCGAGAUUGGAUAGAACUUGUAAAUACUUACACUUCCAACUCGAAUCACCAUCCGAAUCGGCAAUCGAGCAGGCUGACUAUCAAACCAAGAGACGAAAAAAGUGUCGCGGUGAUGGUUUGAGACAGGAACUUGAUACAAUCUUAGGUAGUAAACGUUAUCCAGCUCAAUAUAUAAACUGCGAUCUAAGAUCUUUCGAUUACAAUACCUUGGGUAAAUUUCAGAUUAUCGUCGCUGAUCCACCUUGGGAUAUACACAUGAGCUUACCGUAUGGAACUCUAACGGACGAUGAAAUGCGAAAAAUGCCAAUGUCAACAUUAUCUGAAGAGGGUACUUUGAUAUUCCUUUGGGUUACUGGAAGAGCUAUGGAUUUGGGCAGAGAGUGUCUGUCUAUAUGGGGAUUCAAAAGGGUAGAAGAGAUAGCCUGGGUAAAAAUCAACCAGCUUCAACGUUUAAUUAGAACAGGCAGAACUGGUCACUGGCUCAACCACACGAAAGAACACUGUCUUGUCGGUAUGAAAGUCUCUGAUCCAGAUGCUAGCGAUAUUCAGUGGCCUGAAUGGCUUAAUCGAGGGCUGGACACUGAUGUGAUAGUCAGUGAAGUGAGAGAAACUAGUCGCAAACCAGACGAGCUGUAUGGAAUGAUUGAGAGAUGUUGCCCUGUUGGUAGGAAAGUUGAACUAUUUGGCAGACGACACAAUGGUCGCGAUGGCUGGCUCACACUAGGCAACCAAAUAGGCGAAGAUGAAGUUUAUGACCCCGAGCUUUCCCAGCGUUUGAACGAAAGAUAUCCUGAGAAAGGCAAAUUAGUCGUAGGAAGAUAAGAAAGCACCUAAUCCUGAACUAGGCGCGUUGUUUUUGCUAUUAUUGUUGACUUUAGACAUAGAUUUGUCCAUUUCGCGCAUUUUAUUCCUUUGUAAGAGUUCUUGCAGACUAGACGGUUGCUUUGUCUUCUUCUUACGCUUAGAUGGGUUUUCAGCGACGGGCAUCGGUGACGGUGCUCUACUUGACUGUGCUGAACUUCCUGAACUCAUUUCCUCUAAUAUCGCAGUCGGAUCAUAAGUCAAAUCCUGUAUGUGUUUCUUUCGUCUAUCCUCGUAAUCACGUAUACUCCCCAGCGUCGAUCCUGGUAGUCUGUAGCUAUAUUCGCAUGUUCUACAAACUGCAACAAUGUAAUUUUUAAUGACGUCUUUGUCUUCUUUCUUACUGAUUUUCACGAGCUUUUUUGAACGUCGUUGCGUAGCUGUUGAACGUCUCAUGCUGCCGCAUUUCGGACAGCUGGGAUAGAGUUCUGCAUGUGCCUUUGGUAGCG